GCCUCCACCUCUCUCUCUCUCUCUCUCUCUCUCUCUCUCACUCUCACUCUUUCUCUCCUGGUCCAGCAGCAUCCCUCCUGCAGCUCGAAUAUUCCACAGAACUGACCCAAGGCCCGGUGCUGCAGCUCCUCUCUCUCUCUCCUUCCUCCUCCUCCUCCUCCUCUUCUCCUGUCUGUGUGUGUGUGUGUGAGAGAGAGAUAGAUAGUGCGCGCGCGUGUGUGAGUGUGUGUGUGUGUGUAUUCCGGAUGCAGUGAAGAUGCUGCAGGCUGUCAUCCCCACACAUCUCAAGAUGGCCAGAAUGAGUUUGCUCUCCAUUCUCCUCUUUUGCUUGACUUCCGUUGCUAAUGGCAACAAAGCCAAUAAGCACAAGCCAUGGAUCGAGACGGAAUAUCAGGGCAUUGUCAUGGAAAAUGACAACACGGUUCUGCUCAACCCCCCUCUAUUUGCCCUGGAUAAGGACGCCCCUCUGCACUAUGCAGGUGAAAUCUGUGGGUUCCGUGUUCACAACGGCCCGGGAGGUUCUGGAGCAGCCCAGUUUGAGGCGGUGGUGUUGGACCGCUCCACCGGAGAGGGCCUGGUUCGCUCCAAAGAGCCUCUGGACUGUGAGAGUCAGAGGGAGCACAGCUUCACCAUCCAGGCCUACGACUGUGGAGAGGGACCCGACGGCACCAACAGCAAGAAAUCACACAAGGCGACGGUUCAUGUGCGUGUGAAUGAUGUGAACGAGUUCUCUCCGGUGUUCGUGGAGCGCCGGUAUGAAGCGUCCGUACCCGAGGGUCGCCUGUUCGACCGUAUUGUCCGUGUCGAAGCUCUGGACGCUGACUGCUCACCUCAGUACAGCCAGAUUUGCUUCUAUGACAUCAUCACCCCCAAUGUUCCCUUUGCCAUUGACAACGACGGGAACAUUAAGAACACUGAGCCUCUGGACUCGAAGAAGCAGCGUGUUCACAGUUUCUGGGUGACUGCGUUCGACUGUGGGAAGAAUCGAGCUCAAGCUGACGCUCAGGUCGUCGUUACCGUCAAACCCUCCUGCAAACCUGGCUGGAUAGGCUGGUCAAAACGAGUGGAAUACACACCUGGUUCUGGAAGCAUCCCCCUCUUUCCCAGUCUGCACCUGGAGACGUGUGAGGAGACGGUGUGGAACAUCCAGGCCACAGUGGAGCUCCAGACGGGGCACAUUGGGAAAGGCUGUGAUCGGGACAGUUACUCGGACCGCUCUGUGAGGAGGCUCUGUGGUGCCGUUAGGGGUGAGGUGGACCUGCUCCCGCCCCCGUCUCCUGCAGCCAACUGGACGGCGGCUCUCCCGACCCUGCCCUCCUCUGAUUCGUCACUGGUCUUCUCCUUCAAUGGCUCCACCCACGUCGCCGUGGUGCCAGACUCCAUCGCCUCCACGGUGGCAGGGGACCACUUCACCCUCCAGCUGUGGAUGAGGAGGGGUGGAGCUAACACUCAGCCACCAGCUAAUCAGGCGAGAGGAACCCGUAAAGAAGAAGAGACGAUCAUCUGCAGCACAGUGAAGAACGAUGACUCGUAUUCGCACUAUUCGCUGUCCGUGCACGGCUGCCGCCUCUCUCUCUUCUAUUGGCCGGACGUGUCGGCUGCACGACCCGUCAAAUUCCUGUGGAAGCUGGAGCAGGUUUGCGACAGCGAGUGGCAUCACCUGUCUCUCAGCGUACAGUUCCCCUCCGUCACACUUUACGUAGACGGCGUGACUUUUGACCCCGCGCUCAUCCACGAUAACGGAGCCAUCCCUAACCCCGUCCCCCGCCAGCGGCUGGUCAUUGGCGCCUGCUGGGAGCCGGAGGAUAAGCAGAAAGACAUUCUAAACAACAGCAUCCCAGAGGCCAAGGACACAGGGAAGUUUGUGGGUGGAUACCGGGGCUUGCUGUCAGGGGUAACGGUGCGCCCUGGAAGCGUUGAGCCCCACAGUGUGGUGGAGUGUCUGUACGCCUGCAGGGAGGGACUGGAUUUCGGAGACCUGGAGACACUGGGCUCUGGGAUGAAGGUACAUGUGAACCCCAGCCAGUCGGUUCUGGUUUUGGAGGGAGACGACAUCGAAAGCUUUAAUCGAGCCGUGCAGCAGGUCACCUACAGAAACUCCCUACGCUUCGCCACACCUGGAGUCCGCCCUCUGAAACUCACCACCUCCCUCAGGUGCUUCAGUGAGGAGAGCUGUCUCUCUCUGAGGCAGCUAGAGGGUUACUUGGUGGUUCUCCAGCCUGACGCUCCCCAGAUCUCUCUCUCAGGCGUGGGACCCCACCUGGCCCGGCCGGCCCCGGAGUUCGAGGGUGCGCGUGGAGUCCCCCUGUUCCCUGAGCUCCGGAUCGUCUGCUCUCUCUCUCACGCCGUCAACACAGCCGCCCAGGGCAUGGAAGGUGGGGCGCUCAUGUCCGACGCCGUGGCCCACACUCUUGACGGCUGUGAGGUCCAGCCUCUGGGGGAGGAGCUAAACCCAGAGAAGGAGGAGCUUCUGGUUGACAUGGAGUCUCUGAAAGAGAAAGGGCUGGACAUCAUCAACACGACGGCCUACAUCGCCAUCACUGGGGCGGAGUCUAUAUCAGUGUACGAGGACGUCCUGCGCUCUAUUCGCUACCGACUAGCAAAGGGCUCCGCCCGCUUCGAGAGGAGAUUCCGGCUGUCCUGUUCAGAAAUGAAUGGACGCUACACCAGUAAUGAGCUCACGCUGGAGGUGAAUUUCCUGCACUCUCUUGACAGCCUGUAUCACCCCUCACACCUGCUGGCCUCCCAGCAGCAGUUCCUCCACCCGUCCCAUCACACAGGAGAGCUGAGCGGACACACACUGCCCAAUCCACACCGCAACUCUGUAGUCCCGGGGGCCGCAACCGUCAUCAUCAUGGUGUGUGUUGGGUUCCUGGUCGUGAUGGUGAUCCUCGGCGUGUUCCGCAUCCGCUCCAUCCAUCGCCGUGGGGAGGGAGCCAGGGGCGGCGGCAAAGAGGGAAGCAACCAAUGGGACGACUCAGCCCUCACCAUCAUCGUCAACCCCAUGGAGUCCUAUGAGAACCGCAUGGGCAUGGCGGCAGAUACAGAGGGCGAGGGCGACGACGAAGACGAUGUGGUGGAGUCUCCUGAUGACACGGGUGACGACCAGCGAAUCAUCAUCAAGAAAGAAGGAAGAGACUCCGCCCCUCGUCGCUACUGAGUCGGUCAUGCAAAAAUGAAAUGGAAGGUCCUUCUCACAUGUUAAACAUGAAAACCAUGAUACACACACUGUACACACUCUCUUACACACACACACAUUCACACACAGACACAAAGCAUAAAUGUAUUUGAUAUCAGCCUUUGUGAAUGCAUUGUCUCUGGAAUGUAUGCUCUCACACAAACACACACUCACUUACUCACUCACACACAUACACACACACGAAGACACACACACAAAGACACACACACAGUGCACAAUGCCCAGGCAACGUUUAGUCCACAUUUAACCCAACACUCGACAAUGUAUGUAUGUAUGGCACAAUGAUGUAAUUACUGUAUGUAUAUCACUCGUCUAUUCCCGUCGGUAAAUGUGGUCAUCGCACUGUAUCUGACAACACUGAACACACCGGGUAUUACUGCAGACGAAUGUACGCUAGCUGAUUUACGUUACUAUAGAUAUACUAUUAGCAGGGCUGGCCUGAACAGCAACUCACAGGCUUCAGGUACUCACUGGUGUUUACAAACAACUACCCUAAUAUUUCCAUAUUGCCAUAUUCCCAUUCUGUGAUGAACCAUAAUUGUAGGUAUGCUCAUUACUGUAGUUCAGAAUAUUCCCAGAAGAGGGCAGCAUGGAUUUUGACAGUGGAUAUUGCAACGUGAAGGCGCGAAUAAACUGAAAUCAGCGUUUUUCUGCCUGAUUCCAGCAGACUAAGAAUACAGUAAUACUCAGAAUGAGUUGAACAAACCUGUUGUGUUUGUUUACAACAGGGGCUUAUCACCUGAUUAUUGAAAAUUGUUGGAACUGGUGAUUUCUUAAGCAUCUUUGGUAGUUUCACCAGCCUGCUAUCUGUUUGAAUGGGGAGAAACCAAAAUACUUCAAAAUGAAAGUCUAUUUACCAUUUGGAUCCAUAAUUCACUGCUUGUUCUGGCUACUGCACUUGCGCAGAUCUCCACAUAGAAGGAACGCUGAUCCUCCAUGUGCAGUGUAAGCAGCAAGCUGAUUGGCUCUCCAAAUAGCGGGACUUUAUCCUUGAAUGGACGCUGAUUCUGGACUUCCAUAUCUAUUUCUUUAGCUUCGUGUUCUACCAUAAUGAAGUAAAACAUUUUUUUUACUGCUGGUGAGGAAGAAGAUUUUUUCCAUGUGUUUAUUUGAAUGGAAAGCACCAACAUUUUCAAACACCUCUACUAAAUACUAAAUACACAAAUACAGUGGGAUGGAACAAACACAAGGUUUCAGUCGAUUUGGGCCAGCCCUAGAAAUUAGCCAGUUUUGCAAGAAUACAAUUAAAAAUUGAGGUUUACGUUCAAGUCACGAGUUCAUCAUGGUUCAGCAUCACCAGUUUAGUUUUCUUCAGUCAUUCCUCUAGACACACUUAACAAAUGAAUCUUCCAGACUGGAUAUAAGCUAUGUGUAGAUACUGUACCUCCACUUUCCCAGCAGUCACAGUCACAUAAUAAUUAUAAUAAUAAUAAUAUUAUUGAUAAUAAUCAUGGGACGGUUCUCAAAAACAACUUCACUCACCUACAGAUAUACACACCUACACAUAAACACACACUUGCGUACUGCAACACUCCCCCUCCUCAGCUGCAUCAGAAUGUUUGCUCAACCCUGAGCAGUUUUGAUUGUAUUUAAAUGUAUGUAAAUACAAAUUACUACUAUUAUUAUUAUCAUUAUUUUCUUUCUGUUAUUGCCAUUGUUCUUAAACACACUUCUCGCUCUGCACUGUUUUCUAUUCCCAUGCUUACGGAUUCUAUAACAUUGCUGUCUAGUGAUAAUGAUAAUAAUAGUAUUAGUAAUAAUUCUGAUAAUGAUGAUAAUAAUGGUAAUGAUUGGCUUGAUGAGUGUCUAUUUAUUUGUGUGUUCAACAGUGUAAUUUAAGAACUUGUUCAUAUCUGAAUCACAGUGAAAUGGAAAGGCACAUUGUGGUUAUAAUGCAGUGCUCCUCUUUCACUCCUCCCGUCCCCUCCUCCUCCUUUUCCCUCCUUCUCUCCCUCCUCCUUUAAUCCGUCCACUUCUUCUUUUUGUUUUCUGAAUGUACAGCUCAAACUUCGCCCCCUCCUCCUCCUUUGCCGUGUCUCUCUCUCUCUCUUUCUCUCUGUCUGUGUCGGUGUACAGUGGAAACCUGUCAGUUAAUAAAGGCCUGUUGUUUUUUCAAUGUGAUAUUAAGAAUGGAUAUAAAAAAAACCAAAUCUGCAUUAAUAUCUUAACAUUAUUACUAUGGUUACUAUUGGGACAUUUAUCUGUACUUACUAUUGAUACGAUAACACAGAUUAUGGACUGAUUGUUAUUGAUAAAUGGUCUGAAGUAAGAGAAAAAUAAAUAAAUCUGUUCCAAAAGUUCAUAAUAAAAACACUCGGAUGACGACA